UUGACCAAAGAAAAAGCCUUCUCGGAUGCCUGCGUUGCGGCCAACAUCGAUGCUACCAUCACUAAUUCAACUCUCGUUUCAAAGGAUUAUCUCAUGACCCGAGUCAAUCAACUGGCAAGGUAUCUGGGCUCGAACUUCACCUAUUCAUUUGGAGGUGAUGUGAAUGCCCUACCUGACAGUAAACAGUUGGCAAAUGCGCUAGCGUAUCUCUCCUUCACGCAGGGUGUCGACACUUUGGUAACGCCACUUGUAGACACAAACUGGGAAGAUCCAACAAAAGGCUAUAGGAUGUUCAUGGAUCAGAACACAGCCUAUAUGAGGUAA